CCGAGCCCUGGUCCGGGGACCCGUAGUCUCCCGCAGCCUCUCAGCCAUGGGCGCCGUCUGGUCCGCCCUGCUAGUCGGCGGGAGUCUGGCGGGAGCGCUUAUCUUCUGGCUGCUGCGGGGCGACCCUGGGGCCCCAGGGAAAGACGGGGGUGCGGAGCCGCAGAAGGACGCACCUCCAGGGGAGGCUGCGGCUCUGGGAGGCGGUCCGGGUGGUGGUGGCAGUGGCGGCCUGAGCCCUGGACCUUCCGAGCGGGUGCUGGUCUCCAAACCAGAGCAGCUUCAAGAAAGCAAUGGACAUUUGAUUUCCAAGACCAAAGAGCUUGGUAACCUGCAGGAAACACAGAGACUGCAGAAUGCUGGAGCAGAUUGGGGCAAUGCCAGAGAGAAUGUUCUUGCUGGAAAGAGUCCAGACACGCACUCCAGGGCCAACCCAGAAGAGUCAAGGAAUGAAAGGCCAGAAGCUCAUGUAGGAGAAUGGAGACCCAGCAAAGGACAAGAAACAGCUGGGGGCACAGCGGAGAAACUACUCUCAUGCAGCCUCCUCAGGGACAGAGCCAAAGCAGCCGGUCAGGACCCGGCAGGCCCUGAGGACUGGGAGGUGGUGUCGAGGCAUUCAUCGUGGGGGGAUGUUGGUUUGGGUGGCAGUCUCGAGGGCCUAAGUCAGGGAAUGGGUGAUGGCGGAAGCACUCUUGUGGGAGGAAGAGGCUGGGAUGCAGACGGGAAGGCGGUGUCUCUGGACCAUCAGCAGGUCCGCAUCCAGUUCCAGGUGCACUACACCACAAGCACUGAUGUGCAGUUCAUUGCAGUAACCGGAGACCAUGAGAAUCUUGGGGGCUGGAGCACAUACAUCCCACUCCACUAUUGCAAGGACGGGCUGUGGUCUCAUUCUGUCUUCCUGCCUGCGGACACAGUGGUGGAGUGGAAGUUUGUGUUGGUAGAGAACAGGGAAGUUACUCGCUGGGAAGAGUGCAGCAAUAGAUUCCUGCGGACGGGCCGUGAGGAUAAAGUGGUUCACGGGUGGUGGGGGAUUCACUGACUCGCUGUGCAAAGCACCCCGGAGGGUGCAGCGGAAUGUGCGAGAGGCUGAGGCAGUAGAGCACACUGCAUAAUUCAAAGACAGUGUGAUUCCAUUUGUAGCCAUCAGAGUUCCUCAGAGUUGCUAGUGUGGCUUUUGUCCAAAGUGUAGAAAGAUGUAUGCAUGCUGAAAUGUUUCCUGGGAGCUGGGACUUUUCCCUUGUUGCACUGACUGGUUUGUGCUGACACAUUACUUGAGGGAUUGAUUGUCCUUGGGUAGUUGGUUGGGCUGAGAUUGAGGUAUGGACUAUGGCAGGGAGAAACUAACCAACUACACAAGUACAAGGUGGAGCCUGUAGGAGCUCUUAGGGUAGGGAGGUGACAGUCAGCCUCCUUAGAUACAGCUACAGCAACAUUGUUUACAUUUAAAAAUAACACCAUUUGGAACCAUGACCAGUCCAAUCCAAGUGACACCGGAAGACUCCCUGUUAGCUUUUGUUCCACUUUAAAUGCCGAGGAUAGGUGCAGAAUUAGCAGACGUGUCUUUGUCUUAAUGGUUUAAAGUAGAAGCAGAGUUACUCAGUCACCCAGGAAGUGGGAUAGGGGUGAGGUGGUGAGGUGGCUUGAAGGGUUUACUAUGCUUCUUUGAGGACUGAAGGUUACAGGUCGAGUCUGGUUCCAGCAAAGGGUGCAUGCAUUCUUUACCCACAGUGCCUUGCCGGAGCAUCUCUGUUCACUUCCCCAUCCCCCUCCUACUAGGCCUCAACUGAUGGGCUGCCCUAGAAAAGUUUUUCUGCCUGUCAACUCCUCACUCUCCCUUCAUACCCGUGAGUGAGAAUCUCUAUAGGACCAUGAUACAGAAGAAUACCUUUGCUCUGAGAAGAAAUAAUUAUUAAGCUUUAAGUUAUAACAGAAUAAUAAAUCCUGAGUUGUAUUAUCUUAAGUGUUUGAAUUACUUGUUUUAAUUUUAGCACCAUAACCUAGAUAUAAAGUAAUGGUAUGAUGUUUUACAUACAGAGAAAAGCACCAUGACCUAGAUAUAAAGUUAACGGUAUGAUGUUUUACAUACAGAGGAAAGCAAACGCCAAACAUGACAGCAGAUGACAUGUCAAGUCUCUUUCUCUUUUGCAGAAAGUUUUAAAUAUUUUUUAAAACUUUGCCUAGAAGGGAAUUCAGCAUGUUGGUAUUUGAAGAUUAAAUUUUAGGAGCAGGGUUUCUUGUAGCUCAAGCCUAUCCAAAAAUUCACUAUGUAGCCAAGAAUCCCUUGAAACUGCUCCUCCUGCCUCCACUUCUCAAGUGCUGGGAUUAUAGGCGUGGACCACCACAGCCAGUAUGUGCAGUACCAGGCACACCCUCUACAACCGCGGUACAUCCCAGCUCUCCGUUGUUGAUGUGAGACAGGAUAGCCCCAACUGGCCUGGAACUUGAUCUACCGCUAUGGAUGACUUUUAAGCCCCGAUUUUCCUACUUCCACCUUCCACGUGCAGAUAAAAUAAGUCUUUAUGUGUUGAAAAACAGUAAAGUGUCUAUUGGCAAGAGAGUAUUUCAUUCUGGCUGACAAAAACAUAGAUCCAAAUGAAAGCAGCAUCAGGAAGUGCAUAGCAGGCUGUUUGUGGGCUUUGGGAUCAUAGCUCUUUUGAGAUGAAAUUUAGACAUUCUGCUUCUAUAAAUGAGGUUUGCAGAAGGCACUGGCCAUUACUUCACAAUGCUCAAGUAUCCCUAUGAAGUAAGGCAAUUUAAACAAGUCUCCAGAAUUCUAUUUAUUACCUGAUGAAAUAAAGGUUAAUCUUCCAUUA